AUGCGAUCCUCUUCAUCAGUUGGAAGCAUUAGCUCUCAAACAAAAAUUUCAGCAGCAACAAGUGGAUCAUCAGCAGGAUCAGCUCGUGAAAUUAGUUCACAAAUUUUAUCAGACAAAGAAGUUGAUAACUUAAUGGUGAAAUUAUUCAACUGUAUUACGAUAGAUUCGAGAAAUCGUAAAGUGGUAAAUGAUGUGCUCAAAGAUAUUAAUAUUAUUGAACGCAUGAUUGGACGUUCUAAAGAAAUAUUGCAAAAAGAAUGUUCUUUGUUGGAAGUUACCGUACCCAUCCAUAUUUGCGGUGAUAUUCACGGGCAAUUUGUGGAUCUUUUACGAAUUUUUCAACAAUGUGGUCGGCCACCCUAUGAGCGAUAUCUUUUUAUGGGUGAUUACGUUGAUCGUGGUCCAAAUAGUUUGGAAGUAAUAUGUUUGUUAUUACUCAUGAAAAUUAGCUUUCCGGCAAAAAUGUUCCUGUUACGAGGAAACCAUGAAUGCUCACUUAUAAAUCAAGCUUACGGUUUUCGGGAUGAAUUAGAGGAACGAUUCCAAAAUGGUGAUUUGUUAUGGAUCAAAUUUCAGGAUUUAUUUAAUUGGUUACCAUUCGCAGCACGUGUUGAUAAACGUAUACUUUGCAUGCAUGGCGGUUUGUCACCAAAAAUGACAAAUCUUGAUGGUUUACGACAUUUAAAAAGACCAGUGGAUCCGAUUGAUGAUAGUAUAGAAGUCGAUUUGUUAUGGUCUGAUCCAGAUGCUAACAUGUCAAACGAGCCAAAUGACCCAUAUUUUAGGCCAUCAUUACGGGGUAUUUCGCAUCAUUUCAAUCAAAAAGCAGUAUUAGCAAUAUGUCAACAGUAUAAAUUGGAUUUUAUUGUACGCGCUCAUCAGGUUGUACAGGACGGUUAUGAAUUUUUUGCUGGCCGCCAUAUGAUUACUCUUUUUUCGGCUCCAAAUUACUGUGGUAAAUUCAACAAUUGUGGCGCGGUAUUAGCAGUUGACGAAGAAUUACGGUGCUCAUUCGUGAAGUUAACACCAAGUAAAUAUCGGUUAAAAGUACGGUCAAGUAAACAAGAUGAAGUGGACAUU